AUGGAUAUCUCACCGACACAACUUGAUCGCCCCAAUGGAACGAUCCUAAGCGUAAUGCUAUCUAGUGAUUUGCUUCCUAAUGUUCUGGCGUUUGUAACUCCCGCGACGUCAACUCGACAUCAAACCUGGUUGGCCUCCCUUGCGCUUGUUCACCGUUCUUGGCGAGGUCCCGUAUCGUUUGCUCUACGACAACAUCCCAUUCUAACAUCACUGAGCCGACUGCUUCAAUUCCAAGACUCACUGUGGGAUUCUGGCAAUGCGGUAUCAAGCAUCGAUCGACAUCGACGAUUUCCAGAUCACUUCGAGCCUCUCCUUCCACUUGCUAGUCCCAUAGAAUCAUUGAUCCUCGAUUUCAAACCGAGCGCGUUGAGCUACUUGUUGGAGAUUCUUUCACCCUCCUUGAGCACCAUCGGUCUACACGACGUACAAUUUUCUUCUCAGCUAUCUCAGUCAGAAUUGAGCUCUUUUGUGUUUGAUCUGAUCUUUUCUGUCCCGAGGUUGACGACUCUUAACCUCUCAGGAUCGCUAGCAGGCAUUAGUGGGAUAUGGGCUGUUCUUGGUAUACAUCCACCCUUACCUAGCACCGCUAGGCCAGACAGAACAGUUUCACCUGCGCUUCACGAGAAAACUAGCAACCUCAACGAAAGGUCGAAACUGCGUCACAUUAUACUUGCUGAUGGCAUAUGCUCUAAUUUUUCGCACAUAUCGCCACUCAGACCUAGUUCUGGACCUACAUCCUGUGGAAGACAACGUCUAAUCAGGACAUCAUUACACGCUGCCGGCAAUCAUGACGAGCGAUUCCAUACUACAUAG